CUGGUUUUCGGGAGUGAGAUUCUUCUUUUAGCUCUCAUACGACAAUUUAUAGAAAGCCAUUCAGAGUUUCAGUCAGAAGACACCCCACCAGGUGCUCUACCGGAAGUUAUUGAAUCACUUAUCAAAAAGAAAGUCACUAAGGACAUCCUUGACUCAUCGUCGUCCUGCUGUAUAUGUCAGAAUGAUUACGCACUCGAUGAGAUGAUCACGUGUUUACCCUGUAACCACGUCUACCAUGGUCCCUGUAUCACCACGUGGUUGAAAAUGCAUGCAACUUGUCCAACCUGUCGAGAUGUACUGCCACACUAAACACAGAAGAGAAAAGAAAAAAAGAAGAAAAAUCCAAUAAAAGCAAUGGGUUUGUUGACUUUGAGGACUAUCAACAAAUGUGUUCUCUAUUACAGAGGAAAGGACGAAAUACUCCUGGUUAUCAAGCCUGUUUUCUUAUCGCGGUUGUAAGACCGAUAUUGCACAUUGUUCAGAACAUGUUGGCAAAUCAGUAGAUCGUCUGAAAGAAGUGAUAGUUAUACAUAGUUAUUCCACUCAGAAUAACAACCUUUGUUGAACCCCGCGCAGAACUUCGUCCUGAAGCCCUUGAAUGCGAGGUUACGCUGUGGAAAUAUAUUGUUCAAGUCAACAUGGCUGCCAUGUGACAAAGGUCCAUUCUAAUUGGUUGUUAUUUCCUAAGGUCAAACAAUAGGGGGAUACCAAGGGUAGUAGACUGUAACUCUGUUAUUUGAUAUUGCUGAGGUUUCUGUUUGACAAGGAAAAGGACCUGCUAAAGUAACUUGGUUCUAUAUCUCAGAUUGGCUGAUAAUUUCUCAGUUCAACCAAUCACGAAGGUUUCUGUUCUUCCUUAGUUACAUAGUACUAGUUCACUAAUUGGUUAAUGCUACUUCAUCAAACCAGUCACUCAAGUUUCAUUGCAGCUUAUAUAUUUUUAGUUUUCUGAUUGGCUAAUACUUUUUCCACCUUAGCCAAUCAAUGAGGUUUAGGGCAAUAUUACAUUGAGAACACUAGAACCGUGAACAACUCGAGUUCUUUGUCACUUUAAAAAAAAUGCAUACCGUAGAUAAUCCCUUUAGCCUUCUUGGUGGUAGAGAUCGAAGUGUUCUUGGUUGGAGUGUGCUCACUGUAAGUAAAAACGUAGUUCUGAUCUUGAUUAGCCUAUCCGUUAUCAUACAAGGCAUUCAAAGGAGUACUAUUAUUGAUUUCUUUUGAUAUUAGUUUUUCAAACGCCCAAGCGCAUGUUGUUAAAGGGUAAAAUAACGUCGCUCGUCAAAAACAAUCUAAACAAACAAAAUAAAAAAGGACGAAAAAAUAGUUCCUGUUAAAUAGAAAUUUAUAGAUUUAUAUAGCGUUUUGAUAAAGUUAUUUAUAAUUCAAAAUUAAUCAUAUAUUUUCCUUGACAAAAUGCUUUAUAGCAAUGAUUAUGUUCCAGUUUAAAUAGUUUCUAACGUUAGUUAUUCUUGAUGUACCCUGGGUCUCAGAGGCUCUCGCUUUAGUGCUUAUUGGUCGUAGGUUUCGUUAUCGCUUCGAAUCCUAGCGCCGAGAAACUGGGGCGAGAGAUGCUCUGGAACCCAGCGUAUUUUUGAUAGAAAUGCAAGAGAUAUUUACUGGAAAUAAAGCUAGUUCGUUAAAUCUGA